AUGGCUGCCACCAUCCGCGAGAACCUGCUCAAAUUCGAGCUGCGCCCCAUGGAAAUCCCGAGGCCGAAAUGCGUCGGAAUGGAGUUCGUGCAGACCAUUGGACGGCAGGGAUUUUAUAAGGUGAGAAUUGGCGAUUUUUUGGAGGAAAAUUUGAUUUUUUAAGAAAAAAAAUUUUUGAAAAAAAAAUUUUUUUUUGUGAUUUUUCGAAAAAAAUCACAUUUUUAUGCUGGGAAUUUUAUGCUGGGAAAAAAUAUAAAUUUUUUCAAGCCCACAUUUUUCAGAUUUUUUUAAAAAUUUCAUCAAAAAUUUCGAAAAAAACUAAAAUUUCAUCUCUAAACCAACAUCAAAAACAAUAUUUCCCUUUGUCUCCCCAUUUCGAAUAAUAAUCGAAAUGAGAAAUGAGAAAUUCCCCUUUUGACUCGUCUUCCUCAAGAAAGCAACGGUACAAAAAUACAGCCAAAAUUCCGGCGGAACACGGCGCGUUCCUCGUUGGCGCAGUUGGUUAGCGCGUGGUACUUAUAAACAUUAGGCGAUGCCAAGGUCACGGGUUCGAGCCCCGUACGAGGAAGAAACCAUUUUUAGAGAAAAUAUGGUAUUUUAAGGCUCUGGCUUAAAAUUUUUUUACCUCGCUUGACAGCAUUGUCUAUAAUCUCUUGUUUUUAGCAGGUUUUACUGUAAUAUUUAGGUUUUUUGAUAUCUUUUUUCCGACUUUUUCAUCUAACAGGGAAGUACCCCAAGUGGGACGCUCAGAUAUUGAUAAAACUGGGUACAAAUUUAGAUUAAUUUUUUCUAAAAUAUAUGCGAGAAUCCUAGCUCGCGCUUUGCAGAAACAAUCGAGAUUUUUAGAUCGAAAAUCGGCGAAAAUUUGACGCUUUUUGCCGAAUUUCGGCACGAAAAGUUUCAUGCCUAUUUCUACCAUAGAGGGCAAUGUUUCCACAAAAAAUCAAUUUUUUCCGCACGAAACUAGUAAAGUUAUGGCCAAAGAGCGUAUUUCAUUUCUCUAACCGCUCUCCGCGUUUUGCGUACUCUCUCGGCGGCAAAGAUCGUUGAAUAUCUCGGCGGAGGUUGUAAAGCGCGAGCUAAAACUUUCAGGAAUUGAUACUUAGUCCAAGACCGACGUUUGUGCAGAAUUUAAAGAAAAUCUGAGCGUCGGACUUGGAGUACUCGCUUCUAGCCACGUGUAAUAUAAGAUUUGCGUUUUUUUCAGACCGUUCGCAAUGAAGCACAAAAAUAUGGAGUGGCCAUCAAAGAAAAAGGCCCUAGACGCCCAGUUUUGCCGGAUUUCUGGCAGAACUCGCAAAGCAGCGACAGCAGCGCGGCCACGACUCCAUCGCCCACCGAGAUGCAUUAUGUUGGAUAUAAAGUGGAUCAGAACUUCAACGAGGUCUUCGUCAGACGUUUUUCGGUAAGACAAUUCUACCAUCAAAUAGUAUCGACUAUAUUUGACAAAUUUACCGUAUAUUUUAGCUAAAAUUUUGAUGAUUUUCAGCUAAAUCACAGCUCGACGGACUCGAUUCCCGAGGAACCGGAGUACCCGGAGCCCGAACCCGACUACGACGUGGAUGAUAAGCCCCGCUCGCGGAUCCCGGAUGCCCCUCCACUCCCUCCCAACUUCUUCAAGAAACCCGCCAACGCCCUACGGAGCAGAAAAAAUACCAAAACUCGCGUUAGAUUGUAAUAAUUGUACAAAUUUUCAAAAUUUCCCAAAUUUUCCUGUAAAAUUAUAUACAAAGGUCCACAAUAAACUAAUCCUCACAUUAUUUAGAAGAAGUUUAUAACGUAGAGAGUCUUCUUUGAGGAGAAAAUCGCGAGAAAACAUCAAAUUUCCAAAGUUUUGACAAGUAUAAUAUUGCACUUGAUAAAAUAUUAUAAAAAUCAUACAAUUCUUGGAUUUUCUUGCAGUUUCUAGCUCUCAAUUCCAAGAACAACUCACACUUCAACUUCUCGGACAUGUCUCAUCGUACAAAAUGUCGUAAAGUUGUCGAUUUUCCCACCAAGAAAAGAAUUCCCACGAAAAAUGCAACAACGUGGCGAAAAUGUCCAACUCUCGUCGUCAAAGUGCUCAUUCGUCCAAUCCACCUCAUCAACAGCCACUCUACUUCGAAUUGCUCAUCUGAAAGUUGGAUUCGCCGCAAAUUUUCGGCCUCAAUUCUCGAUAUUCCACUUGCCAUGUCCACAGCGUCGUCGAGCUCGGAUUUGUCCACGGAAUCCGUGGAAUGCCCGGAAAUGGGGCUGGAAUUCCUGAAGCACAUCGAUGUUCGCGGCAUGAGAAGGUGUGUUCGGAUGGCGGACAAGGAUUUUGUCGGCUUUUUACGUUCACUGGGGAUUGUACUUGAUGAAUCGCUAGUUCAUCUGCGAAAUCCCAGUGUGGAUGUGUUGUAUUGGCUGGAAAGGGAUCCGAUCAUGAAGCCAAAGCAGGUAAGCUGUUUUUACUUUGUUUCUUUUUUGAUUUUAGGCAGGUUCGAAGGAAGAAAGUACCUAAUUUUAGCCGAUAUUUGAGUGGGCUUGUGAUGGAUAAUAUCGGAAAAGAAAUUUUGAAGAAAACAGGGGUCAAGGCGGCUGUUAUAGCUUCUGACUGUUCUAUUAUACAGAAAUCAACCAUUUUUAUCCCAAAAACUCGGCUUUCGAUGUUAUCCAUACCUAAAAUCUUUUAGUGUAAGACUUGACCCGGGUCGUGUCUUACUUUGCGAUUUUGUUCCAGGGGUGGUCAGUGGGCCGGGCCGGCCCGUGACGGGCCGGCCCGGCCCAAACGGGCCGGCCGGGCUCAAAAAUGGAAAAUUACAAACGGGCCGGGCCCGUCACGGGCCGGGCCCGUCACGGGCCGGGCCGGGCCGCGGGCCUGGGGUUUUUUCCGGCCCGGCCCGGCCCGUCUAAAUUACAAUGCCAAACCGUUGGCAUUCAUUGUUUUCGCGCCGGGAAAAUUAAUUGAUGUUGUUAUAGUUGCUGUUUCUCAAGUUCUAAAACGUUUACAAGUCUAUAGUUCCAUUAUAAAACCACAAAACUAUCACAUUGAUCCUUUACUAGCUAUAUCAACGCCUUUUUUGCCUAAGUUUAGAUCCCAAGCUUGGGCGCAGUUCGCAGAACCUCUAUAAACGGGCCUGCACGGGCCGGGCCGGGCCGGGCCAGGCCCGUCACGGGCCGGGCCGGGCCGGGCCUGGAAAAAGACUAGACGGGCCGGGCCGGGCCGGUAAUUAGACGGGCCGGGCCGCGGGCCGAAAAUCGGAAAAAUAGGGUCCGCUGACCACCCCUGUUUUGUUCAUUGCAUAAUCGAGAAAUCCUUACAGAUCUUCCUUCUCUCCUACCUCUGGGCCCUAGGCCAUCAUCAAACGAAGCCGCUGGAUCAACUCCUUCCCAUUCAUGGAGCUAACGGCGAUGUUGUUGAUGUAGAUCACAUCGCCGCUUGGCUCCGCCGUUUCUCCGCAAUUUGCCGACAAUGGAAGUCCAAGAUGAGCUCAGAUUUCCGGGCACGUGGUGCGGUCAAAAAGUACGCCACAGAAUUCCUUUGGCGGAGUUUUUUCGGCGACCAAUGUUUCUACCAUCUGUGGGCGCAGAUCCUCUAUUUCUCUCGUAAUUAA